AUGGCUGAUUCGAGCUCGCCCGCGACUUUGGACAUGAUCAGUCUGCCCACGGUGCGCAUCGAUCUCAGCGUACCGACUUUGGACAAAAUCAUCGAAGCCCUUUUACCGGAGUUGUCCAAAAAUUUUGUGACCGUGAGUGUGGACGCUGUGCAAUGUCCCGAUUUGACCUGUUCGCCGUUCAAUUUGGCUGCCGAAGGACUGAAUGGUAACGAAAUGGUAAUCGACAUCGGCAGUCCGUCGUUCUUGCUACCCUCGGUGAACUUAGACAAGGUUUACGAUAUCAGAGAUUUCGCGAAAGUCACAGGGACGGACCCUCUGUUCGUGAUUGGAGCCGGUGCUGGUCCAUGGCCGCACGUGGGGGUCAACUGCGAAUUCAUCGGAAACGUACGAUUGACGUCCGAUGAUAGUGUUAACAAUAAUAAUUGUUCUCACCUUUACAAAGUCGAUCCCCAGACUGGAAGUCAAGUGCACCACCGUUUGCCUCAAGACGAAACGCGAUUCGCGCUGUUGGCCAAUUUUUACACAAGUCGAGGUAUGAAAGGAGAGGUUUUGAGAAUAGUGUGCGAAACUCGGAAUGGCCCGUUAGAUUUUGUGACGUCUAUCAGAAAAGCCUUGGCAAAAUACUUUGGCGACAAACCAGUCGGUUUGGGUGGAGUGAUUUUAAUUGAAACAAGUAAAGUAAAAGUUCAUGUUAUGCCUGAUUUUUCAAAAAUACCGCUUGAGUCGGAAACCGAUUUGAACAAUUGGCUGAAGUUCUUCGAAGUGUCCACGCCAUUAGUGGCUCUCGGUUACCUUAUCUCUCACGAUCCGGGUUUGGAUUUGAGACCUCAGCAUUUUCAUUUGUUUGGUAAGCACGGAGAAGGUGGACACUAUCAUCAUGACACAGAACCAACCACGGUUAAAUACACUGCCUAUUUGAAUGUGGCCAAAAAGUUGAUCAGAGUCGACCAGCCAGAAAUAGCUCUUUUGUUUGGUAAAGAUUAG